UCAUUCUUGAAAAACCACACCUAAAUUUCCAUCUAACAAAAAAAAAUUCAAUCUUUUCAUCAUUUCAUGGGCUUUCUUUUAAACCCAAUUUGUGCUACUUCAUGGCCAAUUCUUUCACUUACUCUCACUUCAUUUCAUCUUCUUCACUAAAACCACUUCUCAAAUUACCAAUUACUGCUUUCCACCUUCUUUUAAUUUUCUUGCAUACCCUUUUAUAACUUUAGGCCAACUUUGACUCAAAAUUCCCCAAAGGGGUUUCUUGAUUUCAAAACAAAUCAAUAAAAUUCUCAAAAGGGUCAUCAAAAGUUUCAAUCUUUAUAAUCUGGGCCAAAUUUGACUCAAAAUUCCCAAAAGGGGUUACUUGAUUUUAACACAAAUCAAUCAAAUCCUCAAAAGGGUCAUCCAAAGUUUCAAUCUUUAUAAUGGCAUCAGUGUUUUUGUAUCAUGUAGUUGGAGAUCUGACUGUUGGAAAGCCAGAAAUGGUUGAGUUUACUGAAAAUGAGACAGUUGAGGCUGCAAUAAGGGCAAUUGGUGAAUCAACAGAUUGUGGGAUUGCAGUUUGGAAAAGAAGAUCAAAUGUGCAAAAGGGGUUGUUUGAAAAUGCAGAAAUGAGACAUCAAAGAUUUGUGGGGAUUUUGAAUCCACUUGAUAUUGUUGCUUUUUUGGCUAAAGAAGAUUGUUUGAAUGAUCAAGACAAUGCCUUGAAAACACCUGUUUCUGAAGUUGUUAUUCCUGAUAAUACUUUGUUGAAAGAAGUUGAUCCUGGCACAAGGUUAAUAGAUGCAUUAGAGAUAAUGAAGAACGGGGUGAGGCGUCUUCUUGUUCCAAAAAGCAUAGGAUGGCGUGGCAUGAGCAAACGUUUCUCAAUUCUUUACAACGGAAAAUGGCUCAAAAACAUUGACAGUAAUCCAAACAUCGCCAUUCCCAAUAUUAACCGAACUUCAUCUUCUACACCCACCACCAUAAUCCGUGAUAAAUAUUGCUGUCUUUCAAGAGAAGAUGUUAUCCGCUUCUUAAUUGGUUGUCUUGGAGCAUUAGCCCCUCUUCCUUUAUCUUCAAUCACAUCCCUUGGUAUAAUUAAUCCAAACUACUGCUCCAUUGAAGCAUCAUCUCCAGCAAUUGAAGCCGCCCUUAAAAUUCCCCGUGAACCAAGUGCAUUUGCAGUUGUUGAGCCGACACCUGAUGGUCAACAGAAAAUUCUUGGAGAGAUUUCAGCUUCCAAACUAUGGAAAUGUGAUUAUUUAGCUGCUGCUUGGGCUCUUGCUAAUCUUUCUGCAGGUCAAUUUGUAACGGGUGUUGAAGAUAAUGUCUCUUCAAGGUCACUUCCCGAUUUAACGGCGGCAAAUGGUGCAAAUUUAGCCAAUGGCGGUGGUGGAGGCCGGAUAAAUAGGCAAAGGACUUUUAGUAGCAGGAGUAUUGGGUUCUUUAACCUUAACCCUUCAAGUCAAAGUUUUGGGACUAAUAGGAGCAUGUAUAGGGGUAGAAGUGUCCCUUUGACGUGUAAAGCUACAAGCUCAUUAGCUGCAGUUAUGGCACAAAUGUUGUCUCAUCGUGCAACACAUGUUUGGGUGACGGAAACUGAGAAUGAUGAUGUUUUGGUUGGGUUGGUUGGGUAUGCUGACAUAUUAGCCGCAGUGACCCGGCCACGUACCGGCCCUUAUCAAGAAGCUCAAUCGACUUAGAGUCAAAAAGGUAUAAUGGGUACAUGGUAUUUUGGAAUGCAUCAAGAAUAUGCAUGCUAAGAUAAUUGGACUCAUCGAAUCAGGUGUUCUUUGGUUCUAUUUUUUGCUCGUGUCACUUCAGUUUUGUUAAAGGUCUGUUUGUUCUCGUGUCGGUUAUUGGUUGGGUUUCUUUCGCAGCAGUGUGAGUAGGUUGUACAAUAUGUUGACCUUUACUUGGUAUUUGUUGUAGAUUCACAGUCAUAAAUGUAUGUAUACAUAUGGAGUUUUAAGCUGUACAUUGUCUCUUUCUGGAGUUAUUCUUUUCAUUGACGUUUUUGCAAA